AUGGCAUUGAAGCAGAGAAGAGGCACGAGACCCGAUGAUGCAGCAGUGAGCGAGGAACAAGAGACAGGCGGCUGCGAAGAGAGGACGUCGAUAUCUGUGCUUGAUAUCUUGAGAAUGGUUCUUGGGAUACUCCUUCUCAACAUGAUGGUAUCGUGGUGGAUGACCGGUUCGCUUACGUAUGGAUACAAGGGGAAGCUGCUACAACGACACUUCUGGUACUACCAGCUGUUUGGGUCUCGUGUAUCGAUUACAGAGGACGAGCUUCUGCAGUUUAACGGGUCGGAUGCCUCGAAGCCCUUGUACAUUGCCAUUAACGGCACAGUAUGGGACGUGUCCAGUAACCCAAGGUCGUUUGGUGCUGGCGGCAGCUAUGGCUCAUUCGCAGGUAAAGACGUUGCAAGGGCGCUUGCAACGAACUGCCUGAACCAUCUGACCCACGAUAUCAGGGACAUAAAGAGCGAUGAGCUGAGGAGACUGAGAGGCUGGAUCGAGUGGUUUGACGAUAAGUACUUCAGGGUUGGUGAGGUGAUACAUGGGCAGCUCAACGGGAUACCGCCGUCUAGAGAGCACUGUGCUGGAAGAUCACGCUGA